CGUCGGUGCACUACGGACGGCUUUUAAUGUUGCGCUAUGGACUCUACAUUAGAAAACGUGGAACCUGUCAGAAAGACCAAGGAGGAGAAAAAACUUUUACGAAAACAAAUAAAAGGCAGUCAUACCUUACUUAAACAUGAGGGCAUCAACACAGUCUCACAGCCAACAGAGUACCUGGUGGUGGCCAACGGUGGCCUGGGGAAUGGAGUGUGCAGGGGGCAGCUGCAGGAGCUUCUGGAGGGAGCAGGCAACCUGGUGUCCCUCUUGAUGCCCCCAAACAAACCCUACGCAUUUGUGACCUACGCAUCCUCAGACGAUGCACAGCGGGCACACACUCUCAUUAAUGGUCAGCAGUUGGAAUGCCAGGCCCAGGUGGUGACCCUCUACCUUAGCUUUGUUGAGAGAGUAAGCUGUGAGCAGAGAGAAAGUGCGGAACUGCCCCCUGGUCUUAUUGUGCUGGAGGACUAUGUGUCCCAGGAAGAGGAGGCUUGCCUGCUGCAGGCUGUGGAUUGGGCAGCAGACGACGAUGUCACAGCGAACAAAGCCUUGAAACACAGGAGGGUGAAGCACUAUGGCUACGAAUUUCGAUACGACAACAACAAUGUAGACAAAGACAAGCCACUACCCACAGGCAUCCCGCCAGAAUGUGGUCCUGUGCUGCAGCGAUGUCUGAAGGAUGGUCACAUUUCAGUUCUUCCUGAUCAGCUCACAGUAAACCAGUACGAGUCUGGGCAAGGAAUCCCGCCUCACAUUGACACUCACUCAGCCUUCGAGGACACCAUCCUCUCCCUGAGCCUUGGAGCCAAGACUGUCAUGGACUUUCGUCACCCUGACGGCCGUUCCGUUGCCGUGCUGUUGCCAGAGCGGAGCCUCCUGGUCAUGAAAGAGGAGAGCCGAUUCCUCUGGACCCACGGGAUUACGCCCAGGAAGUUUGACGUGGUUCCCGCUCAUGACGCCGAGAGCCCCGUUGCCGUGACGUCUGACCCCAGUAAUCUGACCCUCAGCAGACGAGGCACCAGGACCUCUUUCACGUUCCGCAGGGUGCGGCGCGCCCCCUGCGACUGCUCCUACCCCAGCGUCUGUGACAGCCAGUGCCCCCCGGUGACCCCCGACCCUGCCUCCUCUGCCCCGGCGGUGCCCCAGGGCAACGAGGACGCAUCCCGUCUCGAGGCUCAGUUCGUGCACCAGGUGUACGAGGAGAUUGCGUCCCACUUCAGCAGCACGCGCCACUCCCCCUGGCCUCGGGUGCGGGACUUCCUGUUGGCACUGCCCGCUGGGGCCCUACUGGCCGACGUCGGCUGUGGCAACGGGAAGUACCUAGGCAUCAACCCGGAAGUGAUGUCGGUUGGCUGUGACCGCAGUGUCGGCUUGGUGCAGAUCUGUGCAGAGCGAGGGUUCCAGGCGUUUGUGUCCGAUGCCCUGGAUGUGCCCCUCCGUGGGGCCACCUUCGACGCCUGCAUCUCCAUAGCGGUCAUCCACCACUUCUCCACACAGGAAAGACGAUUGGCUGCGGUGACGGAGUUGGUGCGUCUGCUGAAGCCCGGGGGCCGGGCACUGAUCUACGUGUGGGCCAUGGAGCAGGAGUACAACAAGCAAAAGUCAAAGUACCUGAAGGACUCCAGAGACAAAGAGAACGCAAACCCUGCCGUGGACGAGGCAGAGCAUCCGACGAAACAGAGUCCCCCUCCCAAGGCUGCGCUGGAGGCCAGCUCCACAGAGUGCACCCCCAAACUGAGCGUUCACACCAACCGCACAGCCUUUAACUCCCAGGACCUGCUGGUGCCCUGGCAUCUGAAAGGGGGAGAGAAGAAUGCAUGCCAACAAGGAGGUGGCACCUCCACUGAUGCAAAACAAAACACACCAGCUCCUGUGCCUGUCUUCCAUCGCUACUACCAUGUCUUUCAGAGGGGGGAGCUGGAGAGUUUGUGUAGUCUGGUGAAGGACGUUCAGAUACAGACUAGUUAUCAUGACCAAGGGAACUGGUGUGUCAUCCUGGAGAAAGGGACUAAAUAAAUGUCAGUCACGUUACAAAAAAGGAAUGUCCAGUGUUUCAUACUUUUUU